AUGGCGACGGCCGAGCAUGCAAUCACGGUCAAUGAAGCGAUGGAGUUGCCCGCCCUCCCGCCUAACCAGGGGGUCGAGGCUAUGAAGGAUAUCGUCUUCGGAUCGUCCGCAGGAAUGGCAGGAAAACUAAUAGAAUACCCCUUCGACACCGUCAAAACUGUUUCCGCCAGUCCUUCCGCGCCGAUGGCCUCAAGGGCCUAUACCGAGGCAUAUCAGCCCCCCAUGACCGGCGCCGCCGUCGAAACAAGCUGUCUAUUCUUCAGCUACCGCAUAAUCCAAGACGCCCUCCGAGCAACCGUCUUCCCAGGCGUUGACCACCUCCCCUUCGCCGCCCUCCUCUUCAGCGGCGCAGCAUCAGGCUCAAUAACCUCCCUCGCCCUCACCCCAAUCGAACUAAUAAAAUGCCGCAUGCAAGUGCCCACCUCAACAUCAGUCCAACCCCGCCCCCUCGCCCUCGUCGCAGAAAUCUUCCGCCGCGAAGGCCUAAUCGGAUUCUGGCGCGGGCAGCUAGGAACCCUAAUCCGCGAAACCGGCGGGUCGGCUGCCUGGUUCGGCGGCUACGAAGGCGUCAGCUCACUAUUCCGCGCCCACAACAUAAAAACAUCCCCCGACACCGACGGCACACUUUUCCUCCACCAACAACUCAUCGCCGGCGCAACAGCGGGAAUAAGCUACAACUUCCUCUUCUACCCAGCCGACACGAUCAAAUCUCGACUUCAAACGGAGGAUAUCUCGCUCCGGCAGCCCGGUGCCCAACGGCAGACUUUUUGGUCUGUUAGUCGGGCGUUGUGGAGGCAGCAGGGGUUUAAGGGCAUGUAUCGUGGUUGUGGAAUUACGUGCGCGCGAUCGGCGCCGAGCUCGGCUUUUAUCUUUUCUGUUUAUGAGGGGUUGAGGUCGUUUUUUGGUUGA